AUGACGACAAGGCUGGCCGCCAAGAGGCUCGUCGUCGAGUACCUCCUCUACCUCAGGGCUGCGCAAGCCGUUGAGGACACCGACAACCUGGACGUCGCCAUCGAUUGCCUCCGGGACUGCUUCGGACUCAAGGACGUCAGGCACGGCAACGGCGACCUGGAGCAGAUCCUGAGCGGGGCGAAGGCGCCGGCGGUCUCCAGCACAAGCUCCAGCGAGCUCAAGGCGCAGGGCAACGCCGCCUUCAAGGCGGAGGACUUCCAGGAGGCGAUCCGGCUCUUCACCCAGGCGAUCGAGGUCUCGGCCGCGAACAACGAGCCCCCAGACCAGCGCGCCGUCUACUUCGCCAACCGGGCCGCCGCGCGCCUGGGCCUGAAGGCCGAGGAGGAGACCGCUCUUGCUGCCAAGGACUGCGAGGAGAGUGUGCGCCUUUGUCCAAGCUACCACAAGGCGUGGUUCCGCCUCGGGAAUAUCCGUGAGAGUGCUGGUAAUAAGCCUGAGGCGUACAGGGCGUACAGCCAGGCCCUGACGGCAGACCCUAGCAAUCCGAAGUAUCGCGAAGCCCGUGAUCGUGUCAGCGAGGGCCGUCCUGAACAAGCCACCCCUGACCUCUCAGCACUUGCCAAUAACCCUCUCUUUUCGCAGCUUCGGGAUGAUCCUGAAAUUAUCGCCUUGAUGCAAAACCCCAAGGUGGCUGACCUUUUAUCUAAAGUUAACUCGAAUCCAAUGGCCAUUAUGGGCGCCAUGUCAGACCCGGAACUAGCCCCUAUUUUCCAGCGCCUCGUCCAAAAGCUUGGGCCACAGCUUUCUAGCAUGCUCGGUGGACUUGGUGGACUUUUCGGAGGAGGCGGAGCGAACUCUCCACCCUCGGGUAUGUACUCGUGA